AUGGCUAUGAGUCCGAAGAAGGGUCAUUCUCGACGUGAGGAUGCCCAAAAAGAAAAACGCCGUCAGCGACGUUUGGCAAGUGGCUAUAUUCCGACCGCUUAUAGGGAACAGGACUCUGAGCGUAGAAAACAUAAACGCAUUGACGAAGUCAAGCAGCUACAGUCCAAUUACGUAAAGCUAUUUCAAGAACUCGGAAUCGGGACUAGAGAUCAUGAUUGUCCUCAGUUUACGUCGGGAAUUUUUCUUCUUGUGCUUGCACUUGCCCAGGAAGUGCUCUUUGAUAUUAACCUAGCUCAGUUCGAUCUCCGAAGAGGGCAGAUUACCGAAAUCUCACUGCGCUGGAAAGACGAUGCCUUGAACAAGCCCGUUUUCCCGAAUAUUACUGCUAAGGAUGGACCGCAGGACCUGCCUCUUAACAUAGAGAGGUUUUACCAAUUUUUUCGUGCGGCUCUUAUGAUUGCCGUUUACCCGGAGGACACUUCAAUCCAUAAUAUACGCUUGAACCUGGGGAAAGUAAUCGAAGCCAGACACGGCUCUGCGCCUGUUUCACAGAUCUAUGCGCACAAAACCGACAAGACAUACCCCGAAUACUAUCAAGCACACUGUUCGUCGAUUGAUACGGUAGGAGACGUUCUUAAUAAAAAGAAAGAUACUUCCCAUAUAGAUUACUUCCAAGGCCAUCGUCAAUUUCGGGAAUUAGGACUACCCGUUUCCCUACCUGCCGAAGUCGAGGAGGCGAUCUUAGCAUCUCCCGAAUUAGUGGCAAUAAGGUCUCGCACCCAAGAGUUCAUUGAGAAAGGAGAUUCCGAAGCCGUUGAAUAUGAACGGCUACAUUAUAAGAAGGAGCUUGUGCACCUUCGUAUCUCCAAACUGCAUGACUAUCAAGCUCAUUGGGUCCGGGAAAGGCGAGAUAGACGCAUCGUGAAUAGUGGGAAGGAAGACUCUGACAAUUUGAAAAGCACCGCGUGUACAGAUGCUCUGACUCAGCUUAAAUCGAUGGAGGCUUCCGCAUCUGUGCCUUGGAUCCUUGGUUCGGAAUGCGACGCCAGAGCGACGUGCUUGGACGAAAGACUUCUGCUAGACACGAUGCGGGAGAUUUGCUUGCCUGGAGUAGAGUCAAAUUACGUCACAGUCCCAUGUCUAAGGACCAAUGGACCGUACCAAAAUUAA